UCCCAGCAGCCCCGUUUCCGGCACAUGGCCGGUUCCACUUCUCUGUGCUCAGAGCCGUUCUGCCUCCAGAGCACUUCUGCAGCACCAAACCCCAGCCUCCAUCCCAGGGCUGCCGCCUCCUGCUCGCUGAAGCCCGCUGGCAGCUCACGGCAGCCAGCCCAGCUCGGAUCAGCGACCGCAGCACAUCCUGCAAAGGCAGCGGAGGAGAUCGCAGGUGACAUCCUGUGAUGGCAGGGGAGGAGAGUGCGUUAGCCAUUCUCUUACAAGCACUGCAGGGUCUCGCACCUAAAGACUUUCAGGAGUUUAAGACGAAGCUAUCGGAGGUUCACAUGGAAGGAGGAUGGAAUAUUCCCAAGGAUUCGUUGGCAAAGGCCACCCACCCUUGUGCGCUUGCCAGCUGCAUGAGUGAGAACUACAGUGAAGACGCUGCGAUGGACAUAGCGAUUGGGCUGUUUGAAGAGAUGAACCAGAAGGACCUCGCUGAGAAACUCUUGGAUGAGAAGGUGAAAGAGUACAAGCAGAAAUACAGAAAGCACGUGGUCCAGGAGUUCCUCCGGUACCAAGAAGUGAACUCCUGUCUCGGGGAGAACCUGUCCAUCAGCAGCCACUACACUGACCUGACCAUCGUCAGGAAGGCUCGGAGCAAGCUGGGAGGUGAGCAUGUAGCUGUGGGCACCAGCCAUGGAUGUGCCAACGCCAGCAACAGCCCAGCUGCCGUCACCGUCACUGCGCAGACGCUGUUUAAACCUGAGGAAGAUGGGCAAACGCCGCAGGUCGUGGUGCUGGUGGGGGCCCCGGGGAUGGGGAAGACGAUGACGGUCAGGAAGAUGAUGGUGGAGUGGGUGGAAGGGACCUGCUACACACAGUUUGACUACGUCUUCUGCAUAGACUGCAAAGACACUGCCUUUACCAAGGAAGUCAGUGUGACAGACCUGCUUUCGAAGUGCUGCCCUCACAAGCGAAUGCUGGCUGGGAAGAUCCUGGAUGACCAGAAGAAGAUCUUGUUCAUUUUUGAUGGCUUUGAGGCCCUGGGAUUUUCCUUGGUUCAGCCUGAAGAUGAGCUGAGCUCUGACCCCAGGGAAGCGAAGCCGCUGGAAACCACCCUGAUGAGCUUGUUGAAGAAGACUGUUCUCCCCGAGUCCUCCUUGCUCAUCACCACAAGGCCGACGGCUCUUCAAAGCUUGGGGCGGUGUCUGGAGGGUGAGUAUUAUGCAGAAAUACUGGGAUUUUCAGCAUCCAUGAGGGAGGAGUAUUUCCACAGGUAUUUUGAGACUGACAAUAAAGCCGACAUAGCCUUCAGGUUUACCAGAGGCAACAAGAUCCUCUACAGCUUGUGUGUCAUCCCCAUCAUGAGCUGGACCCUCUGCACCAUCCUUGGACAAGAGCUUUACAAGCAGAAAAACCUUGUUGAGUGCUCUAAAGCCACCACGCAGAUGAGCAUGUUUUACCUCUCCCGGUUAAUGAUGUGCAGAGGCAGGAACAACCCGCAGGACCUUCAGCGCUUCCUGCGCAAGCUGUGCUCCUUGGCUGCCGACGGCAUCUGGAAGCACAAGGUCUUAUUUGAGGAGAAGGAAAUCAAGGACCGUGGCUUGGACCAGCCAGACCUUCUCCCCCUCUUCCUCAAUGAGAAGAUCUCAAAGAAAGGUGUAAACCACGGGAACAUUUACAGCUUCACCCACCUGCACCUCCAGGAGUUUUUUGCGGCGAUGUUUUACGUUCUGGAGGAUGAUGAGGAGCCGGUUGGCAACCUGGGGGCUCUUGUGAAGAACGUAAAUAUGUUAUUAGAAAGCUAUAGCGAGUCCAGGAAGGAUCUGAACUUAACUGUGCGGUUCUUGUUUGGUCUGGUAAGCCAAAAAUCAAUUGAGUAUGCGGAUGAAAUCAUCGGGUGCAGAAUUUCACCACGAGCAAGGGAAGAUAUGCUGAGGUGGCUUCAGAGGAGGCACAGAGACAUCUCCCAUUCCAGCAAAGGGCUGAAGGUUUCAGAGUUGGACACUUUCCACUUUUUGUUUGAGAUGAAUGAGAAAAGCUUCGCGCAAAGUGCUUUGGACUGUUUCACCGACUUAGACUUGCAGAACAUCAAGCUGACCCUGUACGACCAAAUGGCUCUUUCCUUCUGCAUCAGGCAGUGGCCUGGGCUGGGCUGCAUCACCCUCCGGGGAUGCUCCUUCCACCAGCAGGAUCCUGGGGAGCAGCUGGCUGCAUCGCUGCCUCGCUCCGGUGCCUCUGGAGCCAGUGCGCGUCCCCGUCCCCUCGCAGAGCGGCGGCAGGAGCUGCACCCCUCCAUCUACCUGCUGUGCCAGGCGCUGCGGCACCCGGGCAGCCACCUGCGGGUGCUCCGGCUGCAGUGGUGUGGGCUGUCUGAGAGCUGCUGCGCAGAGCUGGCGGCGCUGCUGGCUGAACACCGCAGCCUGGCGCGGCUGGAGCUGGGCGACAGCACGCUGGGCGACGGCGGCGUGCGCCUGCUCUGCGAGGGGCUGCAGCGUCCCAGCUGCCGCCUGCGCGUCCUGCGGCUGUGGUACUCCCGCCUCACCAGUGCCUGCUGCGAGGACCUGGCCGCCGUGCUGGGCACCAGCGCGUGCCUGGAGGAGCUGGAUCUGUCCUUCAGCGAGGGGCUGCGUGACGCCGGUGUGCAGCUGCUGUGCGAGGGGCUCCAGCACCGUGCCUGCCGGCUGCAGACGCUGCGGCUGGGGAGCUGCCGGCUGACGGGUGCCUGCUGCCGAGCCCUGGCUGCCCGGGUGGUGGAGAGCCCCCGGCUCACCUGCCUGGACCUGAGCGACAACGAGCUGGGAGCUGAUGGUGUCCUGCAGCUCUGCCAGCAGCUGCGGCAUCCCACCUGCCCGCUGAAGGCCUUGGGACUGAGCACGUCCGAGUUGAAUGAGGAAGCGCUGCAGGAACUGGCCGCCCUGCGGGCACUGAAGCCGCACGUGAAGAUCGGGUACCUCCUUGAGCAGGACACGCCGGAGUCAGGAGCCAUGGCCCGGCUGCCCUUCCACCGCGGGGUCCUGCCGGGUGUGGGGGGACCAGGGGACAGGAAGGUGCUCCCCUCCUUUACGAGAGGUCCUUGCCAGAAGCGGAGCCAUUUCUAGCCCAGGGCUCGGUGCUGCUGAAGGCGGGAGGAAGCCGCCCUGGCUCUGGCUGUGCCCCAUGCGUGGGGGGAGAGGGGAGGAGGUCCUGCCUGCAUGUGCUGGGGGUCGGGGCAGAGCCGGGCCGGCCCUUCCCGCUCCCAGUGCCCCCCGCGUGUCGCCGGGAACAGUUGUGUGGCUGUUGGCCGGUGGCAAAUGAAGGCCCUGGGGCCAGUGCCAGGAAUCCCCCUGUGCCCUUCCCCGUGCUCCCCCCGUCCCCGCCGUGGCCACCAAAUGUGUCUGUGGGUGAGGGUCCCGCCCCGCGGGGUGGCUCAUGUACCCGGGAGCGAGGUGCCAGCCCUGCAAGUGAGCCUGCAGCCAGUUUGGGGUUUUAUAGACAAACACAGAAAUUCAGAGUGAACUAAAAAAAGCA